CCUGUAUUGAAAAGUUUUAUCGUGUAAUAUAAAGUGGGGAUUCGUGAGAUUAUGGACGCCCCCUAGUAGCAUACGUGCGUCACAGCUCGUAGCGUCUUGCACGUAUACACUGUCAAGCCGAAAUCGCGGUGUUAGUUACAGAACUGGCAACGAAUCGAUGUAAACAAGUAUAAUAAAGAUGGUGACGAUCAGUGGUUUUUUCGUCAUGACAAAUUAUCGCGAUUGAACUUUUUACAUGCUUUUUCAUACUGUACGGAUAGAACGGAGCUAAUUUCGACUACUGUCACGAUCAUCGAAACAUGCUGUUUUCAGUAAAGAAGCAGUCUGAAAAUAACGUGCAAAAUGUUUAGUUUUCAUAAGCCAAAGGUCUAUCGAUCUAGUACUGGAUGCUGUAUUUGUAAAGCCAAAUCAAGCAGCUCAAGGUUUACAGACAGUAAAAAGUAUGAAGAUGAUUUUAUGGAAUGUUUUCAACUUGAAGAAAGAAGAACUGGGGAAAUUUGUAAUGCGUGUGUACUUUUAGUAAAAAGAUGGAAAAAAUUACCUGCAGGAAGUAACCGCAAUUGGAGACAUGUUGUAGAUGCACGUGCAGGGCCUGGUAUCAAAUCACUAACGAAAUUUAAAUCAAAAAACAAAAAGAAAAUAAAAGAUGUACCAGAAAGGUUUGAAAAGAUUAUGAAAAAGAAACACAUGUAUUUAAAAACUGAUAGAGAUCGAGAACAAAGCCCAGCAAUGAGUGAUGAUUUAACAGAAGAUUAUUUGAAUGGAAAUGGUAGUAAAGGUUCAAGUCGAGCAGGUAGUCCUAUAGGUAGUGACGAUAUUCCAGUAACUGAAAAACAAUUAGAUAUGCAAGAUGACCCAGAAUCAAAGGAUGACUUAACUGUUAAUGGUUUUAUUGAUUUAACAUAUUUCAAACGGGAGAUAAUUUGUUGUGGAACAAUAUUUAAAGGUCCAUAUGGAGAAGUAAUAGUAGAUCCUUCAUUGAUAAAACCUUGUAUUGGUUGUAUAGCUAGACAGCAACGACAACAACAAACAAAUGCAUUAAGUUGUAGUCCUGUGCAUAGUUCUGCAUCUGCCAGUCCUGUUCACAGUUCUGCAUCUGCUAGUCCUGCUCAUAGUGUAGAGUCUGGUACAGAAACAACAGUCUCUAAGCAAGCAAGUAAAACAUUUAGUGACUCAUCUUCAGAUUCUGGCUAUGAUGAGUCUUCCAACCAAGGAGUUGGUGAGAGUAAAAUUACCAAAAUUAUUCAAAAUACAAGUGCUACUAUAAAACCAGCAGUUAAGAUACAACCAUUGAAAAGUGUUCAGUUAAAAGCUAUACCAGUGUCGGAAGCUGUCAGGUUAAAAACAGAUGUGCCAAUUAAAUUGGUACCUAUAAAACAAAUUGAUCAGUUAUCUUGUAAGCCAUUAUCCUUAGUUUCUUCUGCUAAUGUUACUUUAAGCAGUAGUACUUCACACUCCAUCGUUACCGUCCCAAGUAAUCCACUUGUCGAUUUUGCCAUGCACGCAGCCUCUUCUAGGCAAUCAGUCUCUAAUUAAUGUCAGUC